AUUAGCCAUCCGUAGAGUGGCGGAUUGAGCCUUCCAUUGGCAAUUAUCAAUGGUUAUCAAUUUUUUCUGGAAGAGUGCUGACAUCGAAAUCAUCUCGUAAUGAUGGGGGUUAUAUGCACCGGAUCGGUACCCGACAGACGGGUAGAACAUCUUGCUUCUUCUUUAUCCACCGAGAUCGGCUUGGCCUUCCAGCCAAACAUCGGCCUGCGAGCUGGGAAGUCAUCACCACACACUAUCGCCAUUCCGGCAACUCUUGCAGAGACAAGCCCAAAGCUGGUCGAUUAGUGACAUGUUCUGAGCUUCGGCGAUAAGGCGAGUUUGAUGAAAGAGGGGAUUUUUUGGAUCCUCUGUCAAUGGAAGCUGACGACGACGGUUAACGUGUUCUGCUGU